AUGACCCUGGGUCAAGGCAGCGAUCAGUUCCUCGGUACUCCCAACGGUUACAGCGCUACGUAUCUACCAUCCAGGCUGUUCCAAGCUGUCGGCGCAGGUCGGGGUCUUGUCAAGAAGAUCACAUGGGCCUCGUAUGGCAGCAGACCCGAGUCUUGGUUCUUCGUCUGGGAGCCUGAAGACGGCACAACGCACUUCAUGGUCGGACCUGAUGUCCCAUCAGCGCUCAAAUCCUUCAUCCAGACCAUACAGGAUUCCGAACACCUCCGGUCCGGUCUCCGAGUACAGCUUGGCGCAGCCGAUUCGUUCGUAGCAUGGUCUGGCACGGCAUGGGUAUGUGCGGAUAUCCCAAUUCAGCUCCAAGCCAAGCUACAAGAGGGAAGUUCCGGAUUCCGCGAGGGCAAGGGGAUCACCAACGGCUCAUUGAGGGGAACCUGUACGCUAGACAACGUCCAAUGGAAUGCCAACGGGUCAUACUAUAUCAAGAGCGGGGACCGUCAUCUCUGGAACUUCGAGGCUAAGCUCAUGAGCAUUGAAUGGAACAAGCUUUGGGGAGGCCUGGAACGGGAUGAGCGGAUGCGCAAGAUCAUCGAAGAGCUCGCUUACGUCUUCAUUAGCCCGCAUGCGGAAAACGGCGAGACCUUCGUGUUCAUCAAGAAACACUCGGUAGGGCUGGACGCGCCGUUCGUUGUUGGCUUCGAGAGAGAAGCUAUCCACACCAAUCUAGAACAUACCAACAACACUUCUACACCGAGCAGUUCCCGUUCCGGCUCGGUCAAUGACAACGAGUCCGGUGAAAGCAAGCUUCCUGCGCCCGCGCCCGAACAGCGUGUGCAGCACAUACCGGGAAAGCCAGAGGAGCCUGUACCCUUCCAGUGGGCAACCGUCAAGAAGUCUGGGCGACCGCACAAAGCAGACAAUUGGGAGGUAGAGCUCAGGAAAGGCGACAAAGUCAAGGUCAUCCGCGACGAGGGUCGUGACUGGUUCGUAGUCAUCGACCGGAAGGGUGUCAAGGGUUAUGUGCACGGCUCCUGGAUCAAAUUUGGCGACCUCACAGUGCAUAAAGACUCCAAGGCAGUAUACAUCCAGUUUGAACAAGACCUACAAACGCUCCUCAUACCCGGUCAGCUACAGCGAUUCCCAGCAAUGACAAGCUACGUCGACGAGUGUACCAAGCCGGACUGUCAACCACUCAAGGAAGCCGUCUCGUCAUUGGGGAUCUGCCUUCACGAUCUGUCGGCACUGCUGCAAGGUUCCGGGAAAUACUCGUACGAGUGGCUUAAAGAGACGCGGAAUCUCUGGCACCCGGACAGGUUUGCCCGCUUCUGCCAUGCAGAUCAGGCGGAGGAUCUCAAGCUCAAAGCAGAGCAGAUGUUUGUCAUGUAUGGGAUUCUGAUGGAUGCGACCAAGGCCUAG